UUUUACUCCAGCUGGCCAUGCUUGCAUCAGUGGCUACAAACUAGAGCAAACAGCCAGGUUUGUCCAGUGUGUAAAGCUGGAAUAAGCAAGGAGAAGGUUAUUCCAUUGUACGGAAGAGGCAGUACAAAACAAGAAGAUCCAAGAGAAAAGGUACCUCCUCGACCUGCAGGACAAAGAACCGAGCCAGAACCAGGCUCAGGUUUUCCAGCUUUCGGUUUUGGAGAGAACAAUUUUCAAAUGUCUUUUGGAAUUGGAGCUUUUCCAUUUGGAUUCUUUACCUCCACAUUCAAUAUCGGGGACCAUAGACAGACAGCAGCCUUUCAUGGUCCACAACAACACCUGGAAGAACAUUUCUUGUCAAAGUUAUUCCUUUGGAUGGCUAUACUUUUUUUAUCUUGGCUUUUAUUGGCCUGAAUUGAUUUGAAAACAUGGUGGAAUGUCUUAUGGGGAUUUUUAAUGGGUGUUUUUCAGCAACUGGUGGAUUCUUUGAGAAAGACGAAUCUGUGUUACAAAUGAAUUCUGAGUUAAUUUCUAUAAGUUUGCAAUGCUGGAAGACUGAUUCAAAAGACAAGUCAUAUUAAAUAUAUUGAAAACAU